CUCUCCCGACAUGGCGGAAGAAGCGCAGCUCAGCGGCCUCAGCGACGAGGCAGCUUACGGCGCCUGCUCGGAGCCGGAUGCCAGCACGAAGGAUUUUUUGUUUCAGCAAACAAUGUUAAGAGUAAAGGAUCCUAAGAAGUCUCUGGAUUUUUAUACAAGAGUUCUUGGAAUGACACUGCUUCAAAAAUUUGACUUUCCUACUAUGAAGUUCUCGCUCUAUUUCCUGGGGUAUGAAGAUAAAAAUGAGAUUCCAAAAGAUAAAACUGAGAGAACAGCUUGGACCUUCUCCAGAAAAGCUACACUUGAACUGACACACAACUGGGGCACUGAAAAUGAUGAAAAUCAGUCUUAUCACAAUGGCAAUUCAGAUCCCCGAGGAUUUGGACACAUUGGAAUUGCUGUCCCUGAUGUCUAUAAAGCUUGUAAGAGGUUUGAAGAACUAGGAGUGAAAUUUGUGAAGAAACCAGAUGAUGGUAAAAUGAAAGGACUUGCAUUUGUUCAGGAUCCUGAUGGCUACUGGAUUGAAAUUUUGAAUCCUAACCACAUGGUGACUCUCACUUAGUCUAAUGAAAUGUAUUCUGUAAGAGAUGGCCACUUUCAGUCUCCUGAAGAAAAUCUGUAGCAGUGUUAGUGAAAUUCUUGCAUAAUGGAGAAGAAUCAGUCAUCUUCAGAGUCUCCUCUAAUACUAUUCCCUGGGACCUCGCUGUACACUGAUUCCUUUUUUUGUUUUCCUGUGAUGCCACUACAGUUGUCCAAUUAGGAAUACUCAAGCAUUUUGUGGAUGAGUGCUUACAGAGAUUCUCCUCUUGAAAAUUAAGUCAGUAUUUCACUAAACACUAUCAAAAGAUACGGAAGCAGAAAAUCACUGUAUCUCACACUGUUUAGAUUUAAACUAACAACAAAAAUCCUGUGUUACUAUUGAGCUUCAACAAGGAGGAAUAAAAGACAACUUCAGAAUAUUUUCAUGAAAUCAAAAGAUCCUGAAGGCUUCAUGCUCUAUCUUGUAUACCAGAAAAUAAAA